AUGGCACAUCUUGGAGCCUUCAAAAACAUGUUCGAGGAAAUCGAUGACAGCAGCGGCCCUACCGUCCAGCAGGGGGAUGAGGAGGCGCUAGGCCGCGCGGAGAGUGGCUUCGUCGGGCUUGACAACCAGGGAGCCACGUGCUACCUCAACGCUCUCCUACAGGCUAUCUACAUGACCCCGGAGCUGCGGCAUGGGCUGUACGCCGUGGACCCCAAGGAUCUCGGCGGCGACAAGUACGAGGCAGAGCGGGAGCAGGAUCGCGAGAACGAGAAAGCCAGGCUGGCGAAGGAACGCGCCCGGCUUAAAAAGCAGGAGAAGGAAGGGAGGAUGCAGCCUGACCCAGAGAUCGUGAAAGGCCUUCUCGACAUGUCCUUCUCAGAAAAUGGAGCACGUCGCGCCGCCCUCAAGACGAAGAACAAGAGCUUUAACGCGGCCUUGGACUGGGCCAUGGAGCACAGCGAGGACAAGGAUUUCGAAGACCCUCUCCCCGGCUACGACGACGACGACGUGGACGGCGGCGGUAAGAAGGAGGGCGAAGGUGCGGGAGGGGAAGAUGGCGGCGCUUCGGGCAAGAAGAAGAAGGGAAGCAAGAGCAGGAAUGCCAAGAUGAUUCCGCUAGAGCUCCAGAGGCUCUUCGCCCGGCUGCAGCUGCUUGAUGCACGCACGGUGUCGACUGAGGACCUAACGGAGCGAGGUUUCAAGUGGAAGAACGACGAGGGCCGGAUGCAGCACGAUGCCCACGAGCUGAUCCGACUCCUGAUCGACCGCCUGGAGCGGGACAUGAAGCUCUCCAAGGUUAACGCCGGCCUCGUCUCGGCUCUCUACGAGGGGGAUCUAGCCAAUCAGGUGAAAUGCCUCCAUUGCGGACACGUUAGCGAGAGGAGGGAGAAGUACCGCGACGUCCUGCUGCAGGUGGCAGGCCAGGAGGACCUGGUGACGAGCUUGCUGAGCUACACGCGACCCGAGCGCUUGUCCGGCGACAACAAGUACUUCUGUGACCAGUGCCAGGAGAAGCAGGACGCGCUGCGGUCCCAGACUCUGAGGGCUCUCCCUCCCGUGCUCAUCUUCAGCCUCAAUAGGUUUGAGUUCGACUUCGAGACGAUGGAGCGAGUGAAGGUCAAGCAGGAGUUCAAGUACCCCCUCACGCUGGACAUGGAGCCCUUCGUGGAAGGUCGGGCGUGGUCCGGCAACGAUAACUCGGACGAGAGCCAAGUUCCCGAUCUGGCCGGGGACCCCGAAGUGCCGGGCACCUGUCGAAACCGCCAAAAGUGGGUGCCGCAGGCGUGGAACGACGCUCAAGCUGAAGCGAUCACGCUCCAAACAUCUCUCGCCGCAACAAGCGACCCCGGCCAAGCUUCCAAGUUCGACGGAGAUGGAGGGCGGGCCGGCGGCAUCGGAGACGGCUUGAGGCGGGAGGAGGACGAGGGGGGGGGGCUAGUGUAUGAGCUGCUUGCGGUGGUGGUGCACCGGGGAAGCGCGUACUCGGGGCACUACCACGCCCUUAUCAGAGACUGCCUGCAGGAGGGCCGGUGGCUCCCUCCGUCGGGGUUGAAUCCGUCUCAACCGGCCGACGCGGGGGAAGACGAGGAGAAGGAAGGCGUUGGCUUGGGGGGGGAUGGGGGUGGCCAAGAGGAAAGCAAGAAGAGCGAUGGGUCGUUAGGAGCGGGGACAGGUCCACACAGGAUUGGCGGUAAGACACAGCAGCAGCAGCAGCAGCAGAGGCCGAUGGAGCUAUUGCUAGAGGUGUUCGAGGACGCUCCGAAGCACCAAGAGCUGGAGAAGCCUUGCUUGCAGCUGAAGGAGUUGAGGGCUAAGACGCGCUCGCGCUUGGGCGGCAAGAGAUGGGACAAGGUAUUUAAACCGCGACUGGACAAGUUCAUCAAGGACCACGCAGACGUGUUCAUGCUCCAGGAGACAGAGACCAACGGCGUGGAAGUGCUCCUCCUGCACAGGCCGGGGGGGGGUGAGGGUGAUGCCGCGGAGCCCCCCGCGGGAAACGCCGCCGAGAGUGGGGUGGGUGGGGCCCCCGGUGCGGAUGGGUCGGACCCAGAGCUGGAGGAAGUGCUGCGGCUGUCACUCCAACAGCAGUCUGCGGGCCAUCAAAGCUUGGCGCCGGCCAACGGGACUGCACUUGCGGACACUGCGGGGGACGGCGGCGGUGGCGGAGGCAAAGGGUUGGCGGCGAGCAAGGCGGUGCCCCCGGGGGCGGUGGAUGCGCUCGCGUCGGAGAAACACGGCCGGUGGUUUAGCUUCGACGACCGGAAGGUGACGCCGAUCUCUAUUCGCGAUCUGCAGAAGCCAUUCGAAGGGGCGGAGACUGCUUACCUGCUCAUCUACAGAUCCAGGUCACUAGAUCAAGAGGCUGGCUCGCCCGUCUCGCCAGCGGACAUCGCCGCGGCUGUCAGCGCCAGCAGCGCUGGAUCGGGGGGCCCGCGGAAUCUUCCGGGGGGCUUGCACAUGACCUCUGUGCCCCCCUCGUACUGGAUGGACAAGGUGGACACCGAGAACGACUCUCUCAAGACGGCCAAAGACAGCAAGGAAGCGGACCUUCACGGAAUCAAGGUCACCGUCUGGGUUCCCAAGCUCCUACAGGUCCAGAUGCCGCACCUGGUGCCGCUGGAUCCUUCUUCGUCUAAUCUGGACCAGCUCCCGGAGGCCCUGCGUUCCCCGCUAGUGCUGCACCUUGACGACCGUCAGACGGUCAAGGACCUCAAGAAGGAGGUGGUCAAAAGGCUCGGGGAGUUCUGCAGAGAGAUGGGCGUGUCUGACAUGGGGAGAGCGCGGCUGUCGGAGCUCACGGCCCACGGGCCAGGCAUGUACCCAUCCAAGCAUCUCCCCGACCAGCCCGGCCAUCGAGCGAACAGCCCGCGCAGGCGUAGCAACCACCACCGCCGCAGGGGCGGCGGCGGGGGGAGGCAGGAGGAGGAUGCGGGGGCGACGUCGACUGCGACGGUACCCACCCUUGGUGACCUUGACUGGGACCAGCCGGAGGGCCCCCUGGUGCUCCUGUGGGAAGGGAGGAGGAUUGACGGGGUGGAGGUUCCGGACCCUGGCCCCGAGACACGCCCUAUCCGACUCGUGGUGUCGGUGUUGAAGGCUUCGGAAGACAUGGACCAGUCGGCGUGGAUAGACAACAUCCUCGAGCAGGCAGGAGGGUUCGGACGCGUCCCUGAACGUCGUGGGUCCCGUGCUGAGACAUCACAGACGUGGAGCGACCUGUACACCCGGGCGGGAGUUACGGCGUCUGAAGUCGUGGAGCUGGUGUCCAACAGGGGCCCCGCAGAGGUUAGCACCUCCAAGAUGUGCAUCUCCCUGCUGAGGAAUUUUUCGAGCGCAGUCGCCCCCGACUACCUCGACAGCGGCAGAAAACGCGCCUCAGAACGAGGGGGAGGGGGAGCGGGGGCUCCGCAGAUGGAGGCGGUGCAGAUCGCGGGGCCCUCCGGCGUGUUCGAGGAGUGGCAGUCGUCGGGUUUAGCGGGGAAGGGCGGGUCCGGGGCAGAGCUAGCUGGGCUGGAGCUGUCGGAGGGAAGCGAGCUUCUGGUGGAGGAGCAGGGUGCGGUGAACAAGCUCAUCGCGAUGACGGAGUUCUCCUCUCUCGCUGAGAUGGAGGCGGCCAGGCGAAGCCGUUUGGUGAGGGUGGAGGUGGAGGUGGACGAUGACCUCGUCGAUACCCUCAGGAGUCACAGCCUCCCGCUAGCGCACGACGUCGCAGUGGCCACCCACGAAGGCCAACGGGUGCUGCUACACCUCGAGUGCGAUGUCCACGCCACCAGCAUCCCCCACCUCAAGGCGUUCUGCCUCCUGGGCCUCGUACCCGCCCUCAAGGAAAACACCAUCCCCUCCUCGCAAAUCCAAGCCCUGCUACCCCCCCCCCCUCCCCCCACCCGGGGCACCGCCGCCGCCCCCGCAAGCGGAGCGAAGGAGGAGUUAGCCCUCGUGGGGCUAGUGAAGACGGUCCGCCUGGAGAACACCAAGUCUGGGAACACGCUGGAUGAGUCCUCUACAGGCGCCAGCCUGUUUGCGACGAGGAUUUCGGAGGGGGCCCAGCUGAUGCUGCAGUGGGGGGCCCCGCCGGCCACUGGGAAGGCCUUGGUCAAGUUCUACGUCCGCGUGGGCAACAGUACCGCCACAGCCCGCGACCCUACCCGCAGCGGCAGCACCUUCGGGCCGCUCGAGGUGAUCGCCGACCUCAAAGAACCGGUGUCCGCUCUCAAGGCGCGCAUGGUCAAGAAGGCCGCGGAGAUGACCUACAUCGUGGAGGACGACCAAGAGAGGCGGGACAGCGGGGGCGGCAAAGGCGGCAAAGCUAAGGGGGGGGACGCCGCCGGCGAGGAGGAGAAGCCGGAGGGCGGGGCGGAAGGGGAGCGAGAGGCCGGCGGCAGCGGCGAGAAGGAAGCGGGCGCCGCGAGCAAGAGCAAGAAGAAGAAGAAGAAGAAGAAGGGCGGGGGCGGCGGGGAAGGGAAGGACGGCAUUCCCGAGGACAAUCAAAACAACACCAACACCGCUGCUGGUGCUGCUGCGGCAGCGGACAAAGGCGCGGCCACGGACGACAAUGGCAAUAAACACAAAGUCGAUGUCGAUGGACCCCUGUUCCAGGACCGGCUGGUGGAAGAGUCGGGCAUCUUGGGAGGCCAAGAGAUAUACCUAGAAGAUGGUCGCGUGCCGAGACCCCGAGAGCUGGAGAUCACGGUCCUCGCCUACGCACCGCACUUCCUCGGGCUCGCCGCCGCCGCCGCCGCGGAAAGGCUCAAGGCGAAGGUCUCCCAGAUCUCCGAAAUCUCCGACGCUGCAGCCGACGCCAACGUUGGCAAUGGCGAUGGCGAUGGCAAGGCCGCUGACCCAGCCGACCCCGCGAGGGGAAACGCGGCGGCGGCGGCGGCGGGGGGCAAGUCUGCCCUCCGGAACCGGUCCACGACCUCGUCCUCGAAGGUGGCGCGGGGGGGGCGCGGCGGGAAGGGGGAGGGGGGGGAGGUGGGCUCGGUGCCCACGGGAUUGUCGCCGAGCGCGGUCUGGCCGGAUGAGGAGGCGGCGAGGAAGAAGGGGGACGUGGAGAGAUUCCGCGGGGACCCCGUUAGGCUGCUGAGCCUCCAGCGGCAGCUAUCUAUGAGGACCCUCGGCCACUUCCACAUCGACGAGCGCCGUUCCCUCACGGAGCUGCGUGCUAUCCUCAGAGGACUGCUAUCGGAGGGGCUUAGCAAGGCGACAAAGGCGUCCAUGGCGGAGGCAAUGAGAGCCGCCAAAGAAGCUCAGGCGGCAGCGGAGGCGGAGGCGGCGGCGGCGGCAGCGCAGGCCGAGGCCGGGGGAGGGGGGGACGCAGACGGGGAGGUGAUGGACGCCAACGAGCUCGAGGACAUCCGCAAGAUCAUGAUGAUGAAAAACAACAAAAACCCCAGCAAGUCACGAAAGAAGCGCUCCAGUCACGGCCGCGGCGGCGGAGCCGGCGCCCACGGAAGCAGUAGCAGCACCACCACCACCACCACCGCCGCCGCCUCCGCUACGCCAACGCCGCCCCCGCCCCCGCCUCCUGCCGGUGAAACGACGGUGCCCGGGACGGUCGAUGCACCGAACGGGCUCGGCAGCAGCAGUGCGAACUGUUCUGCCGCCGCGGGGGAGGGAGGGGGGGAUAAGUUGGCGGCGUCGAUCGACAGGGAGUGGGUGAAGGAGGUGAAGGAGGAGCGCGCGGACUCUGACGAUGAGAUACCCCUGCCGGAGGGGAUGCCGGGUUUCCAGACCCUCGAGGAGGCCAUGCUGGUGCGGGAACUGAGGAAGGACAGGCUGCCCGGGAAGAUCAUCAGGAGCAGCGACGUCGGGGGGAACACGGCUGGAGGCCUGUUUGUCGGGCAGACGAUCUCGGAGCUUAACCUCUGCUCCAGCGUCGCCCUGGUUCUCUGCCUGCGUCCGAGGCUUCCCCAGACCCCUCUCGUGCAAGAGGCCAGCAUGUCUCGCCGAGAGAAACUCGCUGAGGAGUUGCUGGAGAAUGGCCAGGCCAACGGCGACAACGGUCCUGCCGAGGAGGAGAAGGGGCCGACGCUGGAGGAGCAGAAGCAACAGCUGCAGGAGGCCCAGCGGCAGUUGCAAGCGCUCGAGGCUAACUUGGAAGACAUGCAGAAGAAGAGGGACGUCGACAUUCGCGCCCUGGAGCUGGGGUGGACGACCUACAACAAGGCCUCAAAGAACAACCGCUCCCCGGAGCAGGACAGGUCCAUGAAGGCGUGGAAGAAGGAGCUCAACGCCAGAAAGGAGCGCAUCGACAACACCCACCUCAAGGAGGAGCGGCCAUUGGACAAAGAAGUCAAGUCGAUGAAGACCGCGGUGGAGAAGAUGAAGAGAAGCGUCAAGAAGACUGAGAAGGAAGAAGACAGGGAGAAAGCCGCUGCUCAGGGCCUGGAGUCAGCCUCGAUCUUCACUCGCGUCAAGGGUGUACUCUUCAGCGGCGCCAAGGCCACGUUCGGUUUCGGCAGGACGGACGACACCCCGGACGAUAACGCCGGCAUCGCCAUCGCCGCCGCACAGCUCAAGUCCAACCGGGAGCAGGAGAGCAUCGCGAUGGAAAAGGAGACGGACAAGGAACUGGAGGCCUCGGACUGGGGCGUUCCCAAGGCUCGCGGCAAUGCCAAUUCGUCCGGCAAAAAGGGCGGCGGAGGAAAGGGCGCCGGCAAGAAGUCGGCCGCGUCGUCCUCUACCGGCCAGCCAGGGUCCGCGGGGGCGGGAACUGGCGCUCCAGAAGCAGCAGGCGCGGCUUCAGCAUCAGCCUCUGGAAGCUCCGCCGCUGCAGUCGCUGCUACUGCGAUGGCUUCGCCAGAGACAACGCUCGCCGACCUUCUCCGUAAGAGGGAAGAUGAGGUGGAACGGCGACGCACGGACCCGGUCACCGACCUGCACCUUUGGACGUUCUGGCGCAAGAACCCGCUUGGGGACGGAGGCACGCUGCCGAUCGACGAGCCGGAAUGGCCAGGGCCGCUCAAGGAGGUGAUCGUGGAGGACGUCUCGCAGCCAACCCUCGACAACCUACACGAGGCCCUGGGGAAGGCCUACGGGAUACCGGCGACUCGGGUGCGGGCUAUCAAGCACAACUGGGGCAAGCACCAGUGGGUUCGUCUCACGCGCGAGAUGGGGAUCAAGAAGAUGAAGAAGGGGAAGAAGGGCAAGCGUCUGGUCACCAACCUCCGAGAGGCGCCGUACUCGUUCAAGGACGGGGAUGUGGUGGCGGUGGUGGACAAGAUGGAGGACGAGUCGGGAGAGGCCGACCUCGCGAGGGCAGACGACGAGGCGUAUCGAGAGCAUGGAAAGGGGCAGGCGAAGACAAAGAAGGACAAGAAGAAGAAGAAGAAGAAGAAGCCAGCGUCGAAGCGAGCCGUGCCGGAGGUCGGGUUGACCUUGGGAGGAGGAGACUGGGACGAUGGCGACGACGACGACGAGAGCGACGAGAGCGACGAAAGCGACGACUUGAGCGACAUGCGCUUCUGAUCAAGCGCCACCCACCACCAUCAGAGGCACACCCUGUCUUGACGUUUGCUUGGUCAAGACUCAAGACGCCAUAUUUCAAAGCGGAAGGAAGAGACGCGACCUUGAAUUGAACAUUCCAUGGAAUAUCACAUCCGGUUUGGUAACCACGGGGAAAUGCCACCCCAAAGAUGCCUCCGUAGAUAGAAAGGUGUCGCCAGAUAGCAAUGACUAAACAAGGGCCAGUGAGGAGGUCUAGAGUGCCCUCCGGGGGUCUGCGCUUUUUACAUUAGAUUUUAUCACAUUAGGAUCAGCACCGUCGCAUUAGAUUGAUCACAUUAGGAUCAGCAGCGUCUCGUAGCUCUGGAGGCACGUGAUGCUACAGAGGAAGACUCAGUCGCACGGCCGCGUCUACGAGAUGUUGCCUGGAUGGUUGGAAUUUUAUCCGUCGUCUGUUGAAGGGGGAUUGCACCGUCUUUGUUCCGGAUAACCGCCGGGCAUGCUUUCUGUCUGUGUGCUCCCCUCCCCCGGUAAGAUGACGCAGGGGGGGCAGGCCAGGCGCACUGUAACGAACGGUGGUUGAAGAAGACAGCGAGCGGCCGUUAUGUAUGGCGUUUGCUACGCACUAUAUUGCCGUUUUUCGCUUGGGCUGGUGGCAGCUGCUUGAUGUUGUUAAUAGCACAAGGUCUUUGUUGCCCGUUUAGUGGUUGGUGCUUCUGCUUCUACGGGAGAGGAAUUGCGAGCAGGUGCUUACGAUUUCGGGGUGCUGGUCUUUUUUCCUCGGGAUGACAGGACCACUGAUGAUACACGAGCUGUGCCGCCUCUAGUCUAGACUGUGUUGCUCCCUUGCGGUUCGUGCUGUUGUUGCUUCCAUGUGUGGAGCACAAAUUGACGUUAAUCUCG